AUGGUGUCUGCGCCAAUAGUACAAGCUCCGAACUGGGAUCACCCAUUUGAGAUUAUGUGUGAUGCAUCUGACUAUGCAGUAGGAGCAGUGCUUGGCCAAAAGAUAGACAAGAAACUCAAUGUCAUCUACUAUGCAAGAAAGACUAUGGAUGAUGCUCAGUGCAAGUAUGCAACCACAGAGAAGGAACUCCUUGCCAUAGUCUUUGCCUUUGAGAAGUUUCGAAGCUAUAUAGUUGGAUCCAAGGUGAUUGUGCACACUGACCAUGCUGCCCUUAGACACAUCUUCGCUAAGAAAGAUACAAAGCCAAGACUUCUCAGAUGGAUCCUUUUGCUUCAAGAGUUUGAUAUAGAAGUUGUGGACAAAAAGGGAGUAGAAAAUGGAGUUGCUGAUCAUCUCUCUAGGAUGCGAGUUGAAGACAUGAUCCCCAUCAAUGAUUCUAUGCCUGAAGAACAGCUUAUGGCAAUCAUGAUCUUAAAGGAGAGUUUUGAUGAGAAAGCCAGGCUGGAAGAAGUUAAGGCUCUGCGUGAUGAGAAUUUGCCAUGGUAUGCUGAUAUAGUGAACUUCAUGGUGUCCGGAGAAGUCCCUAGUAGCUUUGAUGCUUACAAGAGGAAGAAAUUCUUCAAGGAUGCUAGGCAUUACUAUUGGGAUGAGCCCUACCUGUACAAGAGAGGACCAGACAGCAUUUACAGGAGAUGCAUUGCUGAAGAGGAUGUGCAAGGAGUUCUAGAGUAUUGUCAUGGGUCAGCUUAUGGAAGUCAUUUUGCUACAUUCAAAACAGCAACAAAGGUUCUGCAAUCUGGAUUGUGGUGGCCUACCUUGUUUAAAGAUGCAGCAAGCUUCAUCGCAAAAUGCGACCCAUGCGAAAGGAAAGGAAGUAUCACUAAGAGAGAUGAAAUGCCACUGAACCCAAUUCUGGAAGUUGAGAUCUUUGAUGUGUGGGGAAUAGACUUCAUGGGACCUUUCAAGCCUUCCUCAAACGGACACAACUACAUUCUGGUCGCCGUGGACUAUGUGUCCAAAUGGAUCGAAGCAAUCCCCUGCCCAACUUGUGAUGCUAAAGUUGUUAUCAAACUGUUCAGAACAAGGCUGGACGAAGCUCUUUGGGCCUAUAGAACAGCUUACAAAACCCCCAUUGGAAGGUCCCCUUUCAACUUACUGUAUGGAAAGGAUUGUCACUUACCUGUAGAGGUAAAGUACAAGGCACUAUGGGCAGUGAAGAUGCUGAACUUUGAUAUAAAGGCUGCACAAGAGAGAAGACUAAUGAAUUUGUUUGAGUUGGAGGAAAUCAGAAUGAAUGCCUAUGAGAACUCCAUGAUCUAUAAGUUGAGAACAAAGGCAGCCCAUGACAAACUGAUUCGCCUUAAAGACUUCAAGGCUGGGGACAGUGUGCUCUCGUAUAACUCCAAGCUAAGGUUGUUUCCCGGGAAGCUGAGGUCAAAGUGGGCGGGACCAUUCAAGAUUCACGAAGUUUUACCCUAUGGGUCCCUCACUUUACUCAAUCAAGAGGGGAAGGAAUUCACAGUGAAUGGACAUAGAUGCAAGCCAUAUCUAGGAAUGACCCCCACAGAGGAGAUCAUCACUCCUCUAGAAGAUCCAACCCCGGCCUAA